UUUCACUUCUCAUGAAGGAGGAAGUGUGAGAGUCACGGGGCUGGCGUGGCGUGUUGGUGUGUGUGUGUUGGGGUGUGUGUUGGUGUGUGUGUGUUGUGUGGCGCAGGGCCGUGUGCUGCUCCGACAUGGUGUUCGAGUCUCUGCUCAGUGACGUCCUGAACAGGUUUAUCGGAGACUAUGUGGAAAAUCUGGACAAAUCGCAGCUGAAGGUUGGCAUCUGGGGAGGUGAUGUGGUUCUGGAAAACCUGAGAGUGAAGGAGAACACUUUGAGUGAACUGGAUGUACCCUUUAAAGUGAAGGCUGGGCAAAUUGGCAAAUUAACUCUAAAAGUCCCCUGGAAGAAUCUGUACAGUGAAGCCGUGGUUGCGACCUUGGAUGGUCUGUAUCUUCUAGUUGUUCCUGAAGCAACGAUCAAGUAUGAUGCAGCUAAAGAAGAGCGCCAUCACCAGGAGUCCAAACGGAGGGAGCUUCAGCGCAUCGAGGACGCCCUGCUGCUGGUGGCACGCAGAGAAAAGCCUCUGGAUGAGAAGAAGGACACCUUUGGUGAGAAACUGUUCACACAAAUAAUCAAAAACCUUCAGGUGAAGAUCAGCAGCAUUCACAUCAGAUAUGAAGACGAUGUUUCGGACCCUCAGAGGCCUCUGUCCGUGGGUGUGACCCUGUCUGAGCUCAGCUUACAGACAGCAGAUGAGAACUGGAGGACGUGUAUUUUAAACGAAGCCGUCAAAAUAAUCUACAAGCUGGGCCGUUUGGAGUGUCUGUGCGUCUACUGGAACGUUAAUAGUCCUAUCUUCUACAGAGACCCUUGGGAGAAGAUAGUGGAGAAACUUAAAGCAGGAAUCAGCAGCAAAGAUGAAGAACUGAAAGGCUACCAGUACAUUUUCAAGCCCAUUUUUGCUUCUGCCAAGGUCUGCAUCAACCCAAAUGCGGACGUUGAACUGAAAUCACCCAAAGCCAAGUUGCAUCUGGAGGUGCAGAACAUCGCUAUUGAGUUUUGCAAGCCACAGUACCUGUCUGUAGUGGAGCUGCUGGAGUCAAUAGACUGCAUGGUGAAAAAUGCUCCCUACAGGAAGUUCAGACCCGACGUUCCUGUACACAAACAUGCCAGGCAGUGGUGGAUGUACGGCAUCAACAGCGUGCUGGAGGUGCACAUCAGGCGCUUUAACCAGAUGUGGAGCUGGACUCAUAUCAGAGGGCACAGACAGAGACUUAAAGCCUACAAGAUGGCAUACAAAACUAAACUGACUCACGGCAAACUCAAGGAGGACCCAGAAAAACAGAUCCUGGAACUGGAGAAGGUUUUAGAUGUUUUCAAUAUUACGUUGGCCAGACAGCAAGCACAAAUGGAGGUGGUUCGGUCCGGUCAGAAGCUUACUGACGCCAAAAAAGCAAAGCAAAACCAUGGAGGAGGGGGAUUCUUUAGUGGCUUCUUUGGAAAAAAAGAAAGAAAAAAGAAAGACCAGGAAGAGGAGGACAAAGAGACAGAAAGUAUUGAUGCUGUCAUGACCCCUGAAGAGAAGACCAAGUUAUAUACAGCCAUUGGCUACAGUGAGAAUUCUCCCAACCUGGCCUUACCCAAAAACUACGUAGCGGUGAUCGUUAACUUCAAGCUCCUACAGACAUCAGUUACGGUGCGAGAGGAAGCGAACGUUCCAGAGAUUCUUAAAGUGCAGAUGAUUGGCCUCAGCACCACCAUCUCCCAGAGACCCGGAGCUCAGGCUAUAAAAGUGGAGACCAGUCUUGAACACUGGUACGUGACCGGGCUGCAGCAGCACGGUGUUACACCUUCUCUCAUAGCAUCGGUGAGAAACGAGGACUCGUGUCUGCUGAGUGUGCUGUUUGAGCUGAACCCAGAGAACACCGGCGUGGAUCAGCUGCUCCACGUCCACUCUCAGCCUGUGGAGCUCAUCUAUGAUGCACUGACUAUUAACAGCUUAGUAGAGUUCUUUAAGACGGCCAAGGGUGUGGACCUGGAAGUGAUCACCUCAGCCACACUCAGCAAACUCGAGGAGAUAAAGGAGAAGACAGCCAGUGGUUUGUCUCACAUUAUCGAGACACGGAAGGUUCUGGAUCUGAAGAUCGACCUGAAGCCCUCCUACCUGCUGCUGCCCAAGUCGGGUUUCUACCACAGCAAAGCCGACCUCAUCAUCGUAGACUUUGGUAACCUGCAAUUGAACAGCAUCUACCAGAGCAGUCCUGAUCAGGUGUCCGCUAGCUUUUCAUCCCUAGAAGAGAUCAUGGACAGAGCGUAUGAGAGAUUCUCACUGGAGUUACGAAAUGUGCAGGUUCUCUACAGCAAAUCAGGUGAAGAGUGGAAAAGUGCUCGUAUGCAGGGUUCAUCUGAUCAGCACAUUCUGCAGCCCAUGGACUUCACUCUGGAACUGGCCAAGUGUAUGGUGGAGAAAGACACACGCAUGCCUAGGUUUAAGGUCACAGGAGAGCUGCCCUUACUGCAUGUGAAGAUUUCAGAUGUGAUGAUACUAGGGGUUGUAGAGCUGGUGGACAGUAUUCCCUUACCCUGUGUUUCUUCUACACCGCCCUCCAGUCCUACUGAGAAGGUCAGGUCGCUAUCGUUAGCAGACACGAGGCCGCGGGUGCUGAGUGUUGAUCCGUCAGCGCUGCCGUAUCCCAUCAUAUCAGAUUCUGAUGAGGACAGUGCUGAAAGGCAUGGUAAUGAGGACGCCCAGAGAUUAGUCUUGGAAGACCUGACGGAUCUCUAUUUCACAUUCGAAAUCAAAUCAGUGCUGUUGGAGCUCACGUGUCAGGAUGCUCGGGCGGGCGUGGUCUUGGCUUUAAACGUGUCUCAGUUGGGUUGUGAAGGCAAAAUGAGGACUUACGACCUCACAGUCAAGUCCUACCUGCACAAAAUCUGUCUUGAUUACUGUGGGAUUAGGGAUGCUCAGAAUGAGCCCCUUCACCUGAUUACCUCAUCAGACAAACAUGGAUCUGAUCUGCUGAAAAUUGAGUACAUUAAAGCUGACGUGAACGGACCCAGUUUCCAAACCAUCUUUGGCAGCACAGAGCAGGUGCUAAAGGUGGAGUUUUCCUCACUGGACUUCCUUCUCCAUACAAAAGCCCUGUUGUCCACCAUUAACUACCUGAGUAAAGCGAUGCCCGAGUUCUCAGCUUCUAAAGAAAGAGACGUCAAGAGACCAGUCAGUAGGGCCACAACUGAGAGGACAGUGUCUCCAGGCUCGAAGGACUCGGGUGUGGUGAGCUUUAAGCUCUUCGCCAUGCUGGGUUCCUUUGGCGUGACCAUCUGUGAUGACAGAAGCAGCAUUGCAGAAAUCCAGAUUCAAGGGAUCGAUGCCUCACUGGUGUUCCAGGCCAAAGAAACAGAGGUGUUCGCUCGUCUGCGAAAUGUUUUUGUGAUAGACGUGGAUACGAAAACCGUACAUAAAGAGGUGGUGUCGAUUAUGGGUGAGGAAGUGUUCAGCUUCAAGCUGAGUCUGUACCCGGGAGCCACAGAAGGAGCGGGUUACUCCGACACCUCAAAGGUAGACGGGAAAGUCACUCUGAGACUGGGCUGCAUCAAGAUCCUCUACUUACACAAGUUCCUAGUAUCCCUUCUGACAUUUGUAGAUAACUUCCAGGAAGCCAAGAAGGCGAUAAGCAUUGCCACGGCGCAGGCGGCGGAGAAAGCCGCGGCCAGUGUGAAGGACUUCGCUCUGAAGAGUUUCAGACUGUCGAUGGACAUCAGACUGAAGGCCCCACUUAUCAUCAUCCCUCAGUCGUCCACGUCUCACAACGCGUUUAUGGUGGAUCUGGGUCUCAUCACUAUGAGCAACACCUUCUCUCUGACCCCGGCUGAAGGGUUUCCUCUCCCAGCUGUAGUGGAGACCAUGGACGUUAAGCUCACACACCUCAAACUAUUAAGAACCGUUCUGAGGCAAGAAGCCCCGCAGCCACACAUGGAAAUCCUACAGCCAGUUAACUUGGAGCUGUUGGUUAAACGCAAUCUGGCUGCAUCCUGGUUCACUAAGAUCCCUGGAGUAGAGGUCAAAGGACUGCUAAAAUCCAUGAAUAUCACUAUUGGUUGUGAAGACCUUUGUGUUUUGAUGAGGGUUCUAGCAGAAAACACUGAAGAAGGUAACAGAUUAACGUCGUCUGACACACGGCAGCCCACAGUUGAAGAUAAACCCGAAACUACUGGAGAAAUUAAAGAGACCCAAAGCCACCCGGUCAUGAGCAGUGGAACCACCAGUGAAAACGUAGUCAAUGUUCUGCUCAAGUUUGAAAUCAUGGAGGUUCUGCUGACCCUCAAUAAACCGAAGAAUGGUGUCGAGUGUCCGUUUUUGGUCUUGCAUGCAGCCGAGCUUGGAAUCGACACCAAAGUUCAUGAAUUUGACAUGCUGGCUACCACGUACAUCAAGACCAUUUCAGUGAAGUGCCCAGACAUUCCAGAUUUACAUGGUGACCCCGUCUGUAUCCUCAGCUCUUCAGCACAACAGGGAGCUGAACUCCUCAAAGUAGAGUAUUUUAAGGCGAGCCGUGAUGGGCCUCACUUUUCGACCAUUUUCGAGAACACAGAACAGAAGAUGAAUAUUAUGUUCUCCUCUCUGGACCUAACUCUGCAUACUGAGGCUCUUCUGUCUAUAAUGGACCUCAUGUCCACUGUCCUGUCCUGCAGCAGCUUGUCCUCACCUGAGAAAGACAUCAAGAUUAACGAAGAAACAAAAGCUACCCGAGCCAAAUCAAUGAGGUCCCAUUAUGCAGGAGACAUCGUUGAUCUGAAAAUCCUCGUGCAGCUCGGGGCCUUCAACGUUCUACUGUGUGACCCGCACUGCAGCAUUGCUGACAUGAAGAUUCGGGAUCUACAUGGGUCUCUCCUGAUGAAGGAAAGUGAAACACACAUGUCUGCUAGGCUGCUUGAUUUUGUUGUCAUUAAUGGAGACCCAGAAGCAGUUCACAAAAAGGUUGUCUGUAUUGUGGAUGAUGAAGUGUUCAGCUUUAAUAUGAGUCUGACGCCCAAAGCCACAGAAGGAGAGGGAUACACAGACACAUCAAAGGUGGACGGAAAGGUCAAGCUCAAUGUGGGCUGCGUUCAAGUAGUUUAUCUGCAAAAGUUCAUCAUGAUGUUGUUGAAAUUCAGUAAUAGCUUUCAGAUGGCUCAGGAGGCUGUGAGUGUGGCCACGGCGCAGGCAGCGGAGAAAGCAGUCUCCAGCGUGAGGGACUUUGCUCAGAAGAGUUUCAGAAUCUCCAUGGACAUUAGACUCAAGGCUCCACUCAUCAUCAUCCCCCAGUCAUCCAUGUCUCAUAAUGCUGUGGAGGUCGACCUGGGUCUCAUCACAGUGAAGAACAGCUUCUCUCUGCUUCCAGUAGAGAAUUGUCCACUUCCUGCUGUUAUAGAUAACAUGGGCUUGGAGCUGACCCAGCUUAAGCUGUCCAGAAUCGUCAUGGAGAAAGAUGCAAAUCAGCAGAGUUCUGAGAUCCUACAGCCUGUGAACCUGGUCCUGUCAGUCAGACGUAACCUGGCUGCGACCUGGUACCAUAAGAUGGCGGCUCUUGAGGUGGAUGGAGAUCUGAAGCCCAUGGAAGUAGCUUUGAGUCAAGAUGAUCUGGUUCUCUUACUGAAGAUCCUGAAGGAAAAUAUUGGAGAGGCCAGCAGCAAUCAGCCCUCCAUCGGCUCAGACAUGGAUAUAGGAAUAAAGCAGACCAAUCUGCCGAACAAAUAUUUCUCGCAUAAAGUCUCUGAGAAAGUUGUGGAAACAGAACCAACAGAGAGCAAAGCAGCAGACGAUGACCUGGUGGAGACUGUAAAAUUCAGGUUUAAUGUGGACUCUCUUGGUCUGGUACUGUACAGCGAUGAUCCCACACAGCCUGGUGUGCAUCAGGAGAGUCUGUGUAUAGGAGAGUUUAUGCUACAUAAGAUAACAGCGUUUGGUAAGUUGCUCAGUGACAGCAGUCUGGAGGUUUCCAGCGUUCUCACCACCUGCACUCUGGAUGACAGAAGGAGCGGCCUUGAGCGAGUCACGUUUAGAAUGCUGGGAAAGCGUGACGACAGCUCAGAUGCCAUGAUCGACGUGACAUACCUACAGAACAGGGAGGAAUGCUCUGUGGUAGCCGUGUUCCAAAAGCUGUACCUCUGUGCCAGCAUGGAGUUCCUCAUGGCUGUGGCUGACUUCUUCAUCCAGGCUCUGUCCAAGUCCCAGGUCACAGUGUCGGACAAACCGAGAGCACUCCCGCUCAAACAGAUCUCGGAGCAGAAGGGCCAGGGUGACCUGAAUGCAGUGGUCGCGGCCCAGAGGACCAAGCUUCAUGCCGUCGUGAUCGAUCCAGAGGUGGUGUUUGUGGCAAAUCUGAUGAAGGCAGAUGCUCCUGCGCUAGUGGCUUCUUUCCAGUGUGAUUUCAGUCUCCACUCUGAGGGAGCAGAUCAGGUCAUGAAAGCCAACCUUAAGGAUCUCAAAAUCCUGGCCUGCCCAUUCAUCAGGAAUAAGGAGAGCAAGGCCGUAACCACUGUGCUAAGGCCGUGUUCCGUUGUCCUUGAAACCCGAGUUUUAGGCAGUGGUUCACUCACUGGCUCUGUCACUGUAGAUGAAGUCAUUGUAAAAAUCUCACCGAUCAUCCUCAACACCGUCCUGACCAUCACUGCAGCCAUGACCCCUAAGCCCAAAGAGGAGGCGCUCCACCACAAGCCUUUGGAGCUGAACACACUCUGGUCUGUGAGAGACGUCUACUCCUGUAACUUCUGGUUCCUGGACGUUGAGACGGCGGCUGAGGUGACGGAGAAAUUCCAGGAUAUAAACAGCAGCAAACAAGUCCAGAGUUUUAGAGCGGAUGUGAAGGUGGUGCAGGUGACACUGGAGUCCGGCCUGGGUCACCACACUGUCCCCCUGCUGCUGGCCGAGUCCUCGCUGUCAGCCUCCGCAAGAAACUGGUCGUCUUUGCUCAGUGUGUCUGCAGAUAUGACACUAGAGGUGAAUUAUUUUAAUGAGACGCAUGCUGUUUGGGAGCCGCUCAUAGAGAGAGUCGAUAGCGGCAAACGCAGAUGGAACCUUGGGAUCGAGGUAAAGAAUAACCCAGUUUGGGAUAAGAGCCCUGUUCCUGGUGAUGACUUUGUAUCGCUGCCUGAAUCGUGCACGUCCAUUAACAUCUGUUCCAAAGACACCAUGAACAUCACCAUGUCCAAAUGUUGCCUGAAUGUCUUUCAGAAGCUCAGCCAGGCUUUCUCAGAGGGCGCUGUCUCCACCUUCUAUCACUCUCUGAAAGAGAAAGCUCCAUUUACCAUCCAGAAUUCCCUUGGCGUUCCACUGAUCAUCCAUCAUAGCGGUAAUCUGCGCUUGGCGGACCCGUCAUCUCAGAGUAAAGAGCCCGAAGUAGGAGCGGGGGAAUCUGUGGAGUAUUCGAUCUUUAAAUUUGCAUCAAGAGCUAAACUGUCAACGCUGCAGAGACAGGAGAGCUGCUUCUUCAACCUGAGCAUAGAACCCAAAGGCUACAGUGCGAUCUCUAACAUUCCUGUGGAUAAACCGGGCCGGAGGCUCUAUAACGUGAAGAAUUCCCAGCUUCAGGAGUCCGUGUCUGUGCUUCUGCAGAUCAGUGCAUCAGAAGGCAACAAGGUCAUCACCGUGCGAUCCCCACUCCAGAUCAUGAAUAAUUUCUCGGUGCCAUUUGCCAUUUUGAAGUACUCCUCUGAUCUAGGAGGGCUGGUGAAUGUUGGCGUUGCAGAACCAGAGAAAGAGUUUCAUGUCACACUGGACUCUUACAGAUGCCAAUUGUUCUUGAUGCCUAUUGGACCUUUGGAGGGCCAGUAUCGUGAGUCUACUACAUACAUUGCGUGGAAGGAGCAGGUUCACGUGAGUUCAGAGGUGCGCGGCACACUGCAGUGUCCAGCGAAGGACAGCAGCUUGCGACCCGUUGUCAUCAACACCUUGGCAGUGCCAGACAAACUGUGUCACAUUGAAAGCCAGAGUGAGGAAGAAUGGGACCCUGCCUAUAUUAUCCACCUGCACCCAGCUGUUACUCUUCGAAACCUGCUUCCAUACUCCAUCCGCUUUCUAAUGGAGGGUUCAGCUGAUUUUGAAGAGCUUCCAGAAGGCAGCACAGCUGAUCUGUUGAAUGCGACCGUCAUGGGUGAAAUCAUGGAGUUAGGCCUAAUGAAGUAUCAGGGUCGCUACUGGAACACCCAUGUGAAGAUCACCCAGGACAUGCCAGAGUUAUUCCCUGUCUGCUUCACGAGCGACACCAGCGAGAACCUCACGGUAGAUGUGUAUGUACACGUGAACCACACAGCUGGACGGCUCAUCAUGUCCAUCUUCAGCCCUUAUUGGAUCAUAAACAAGACGGCCCGUGUGCUGCAGUACCGGGCUGAGGACAUCUGUGUCAAACACCCUUCUGAUUUCCGAGACGUUAUCCUGUUCUCAUUUAAAAAGAAAAACAUUUUCAGCAAAAACAAACUGCAGCUUUCUGUGUCGACGAGCUCCUGGUCAGACGGCUUCUCUCUGGAUACAGUGGGCAGUUACGGGUGUGUCCGCUGCCAAGAUAAAACCAAGGACUUCUUGGUAGAAAUCAGCAUACAGUUAAGCAGCUUUAACCUGACACGGAUUGUGACCGUCAGUCCUUUCUACACUUUGGUGAAUAAAUCCUCCUUUGAGCUGGAAGUCGGAGAAGUGCAGAACGACAGUAAUGUCAUCAACAAGUGGCACUACAUCUCAUCCACAGAGUGUUUGCCCCUGUGGCCAGAGUCCAGUACAGAGAAGCUGUGUGUACGAGUAGUGGGUUCUGAGUUGGCCUCCAAAUCCUUCUUCUUUAACAAACAGGACAAUGGAACUCUGCUUUGCAUGGAGCAGUAUGGAGGCAUCAUAGUGGAUGUAAACAGCUCAGAUCAUUCCACUGUCAUCAGCUUUACUGACUACUAUGAUGGAGCAGCUCCGGCUCUGCUGGUGAACCAUACUCCCUGGGUUACCAUCACAUUCAGACAGAGUGGCUGUGAGGCAUCCUGUGAGCUGAAACCAGGUGGGGUUCAGCUCUUUGUGUGGGACAACCCUGCAGGGGUGCGGAAGCUGUGCUGGACCUGUCAGGGCCACUGCGGAGAACUAAACCUGGUCAAGGAUGAGUCUGGACAGUUCGAAUAUGACGAUCUGGCUCAAGUCCAUUGGGUUUCAUUCCUUGAUGGCCGACAGCGCAUCUUGCUUUUUACUGAAGACGUGGCUGUGGUAACCAAAGCUUGCCAGGCUGAAGAGUUAGAGCAAUUCCAACAAGAAGUCAACAUCUCUAUACAGAACCUGGGCGUGUCCCUUAUCAACAAUGACAAUAGACGUGAAAUAGCAUACAUGGGCAUUACCAGUUCGGGUGUUGUUUGGGAAAUGAAACCGAAGAACCGCUGGAAGUCUUUUAACAAUAAAAACAUCGGUCUUUUGGAGAAGGCCUACCAGAAUCACAUCAGUGGCAAGGCAGAACCAGGCUGGGUGAAACUCGAAACAGGGCUUGAGGUGGACUUUACAAGGAUGCCAAUGUUAAUGAGGCACCCCUACUCUUGUGCCAUCCGGAGGAACUUUCUGGCUGGUAUCCAUGUGGAGCUGAAGCAGUCGCCCCACCAAAGGAGCCUCCGGGCCCAGCUUCACUGGCUGCAGGUGGAUAACCAACUAACUGGAGCCAUCUUCCCAAUAGUAUUUCAUCCUGUACCCCCACCCAAGUCAAUUGUUCUGGACUCAGAGCCAAAGCCCUUUAUAGAUGUCAGCAUCAUUACAAGAUUUAAUGAACACAGUCAAGUCAUGCAGUUUAAGUACUUCAUGGUACUAGUGCAGGAGAUGGCUCUAAAGAUGGAUCAGGGAUUUUUGGGGGAGAUCCUUUCUUUCUUCACUCCCACCACCAACAUCCAGGCUGACAAGCAGAAGAGUAAACUGAUUGAGAAAGAUCUGGAUUCACUGCAAGCACAGCUGAUGGAGAUCUCCGGUACAGGGACCUCAGGCCUCAGCUUCUUUGAACACUUCCACAUAUCUCCCAUAAAAUUGCAUUUGAGUCUGUCUAUGGGCUCCAGUGGAGAUCAGUCUGAGGAGGGGAACAUUCUGGCCCUGCAGUCCGUCAACCUGCUCCUUAAAAGCAUUGGAGCAACACUUACCGAUGUGGAUGACAUCAUCUUUAAACUUGCUUUUUUUGAAAUUAAGUAUCAGUUCUACCGGAGGGAGAAUCUGAUGUGGGCUGUAAUUAAACAUUAUACAGAGCAGUUCCUGAAGCAGAUGUAUGUGCUGGUGCUGGGGCUGGAUGUGUUGGGAAAUCCUUUUGGACUGAUAAGAGGUCUCUCUGAGGGAAUGGAGGCCUUCUUCUAUGAGCCCUUCCAGGGUGCUGUUCAAGGUCCUGAGGAGUUUGCAGAGGGCUUCGUCAUUGGUGUGCGCAGUUUCCUGGGCCAUACUGUAGGUGGCGCUGCAGGGAUGGUGUCCCGUAUUACAGGUUCGGUUGGUAAAGGCCUGGCUGCUAUCAGUAUGGAUAAAGAAUACCAACAGAAACGCCGGGAAGAGAUGAACAGACCCUCCAAAGACUUCGGAUCAAGUUUGGCAAAGGGAGGCAAGGGCCUUCUGAAGGGAGUGGUUGGAGGAGUGACAGGAAUAGUUACCAAACCUGUGGAAGGGGUAAAGAAAGAGGGAGCUGCUGGCUUCUUUAAGGGCAUUGGAAAGGGCCUGGUGGGAGUGGUAACUAGACCUACAGGGGGCAUUGUGGACAUGGCCAGUAGCGCUUUCCAGGGCAUUCAGAGGGCGGCAGAGUCAACAGAAGAAGUGACGAAGCUGCGACCAGUCCGCCUCAUCCAAGAAGACGGGAUCAUACGGCCCUACAACCAGCAUGAGUCUGAGGGCUUUGAUCUUUUUCAGCCUGAGGAGAAAUAAUGGGUUUGGGGCAACAAAGCAUUUUGUAUAAAGCAAGUGAUAUAAAGGUUGUUGAAUUAUAGCACACAUGCUAAUAAAGCUUCAGCACUUUGAUCUCUUAUUUUAAUGAAACUGUGUUAAUUAUCGUUUGUGUGAUGUUGUCGAAACGUUACUCACUGCCUACUGUAGCCUCUGUUCUUUUCCUGUUUAUAGUGUCAACCGUGUUUAGUUGGUCGUUAUACAAUUAUUUAUUUUUCUGCAUAUUUUCUAUAUUUGCCAAAACUAAACAUUUUUAAAAACCCAUUUAUUUGAGCUUUUUACUUUUUCUGAAAUAUGUUGUGUGUCAUUUUAAAGAGUUGUUAGCAUUGUUAAUAUAUGCAAGUGCAUUUUAUUUUGCCAUUAAAACACACAGAAGAAAUUAAAUUAAACCUGCUGUAAGUUAUUAAUAGAAGGUGUUCAUGUCUUCUUAGUAUUUAUGUAUGUAGGGAAUUGAUGGUCUCAUUUAAUUUCUUCUGGACAAAGUAAAAUGCAAAAAGACAAAACAGUACAUUAUCAUUAGUAAUUAAGGAGUCUAGUAUUACAUAGUAUGUAUUUUUGUUAAGAGAAAAGGUGUUCAUUUUAUUUUUUUAUUGCUUACGCUGGUAAUAUUGCAUUAUUAUAUAUAUAUAUAUAUGUGAGCAUCACCCAUAUAAUCAAUAUAUAAAUUAAUAUAUAAUGCGUGUUCCUACAUAUCUGUACUUUAUAAUACCCUGUAAAUGACAUAAUGCGAGAAAUCUGACUGCCUUUACUGUGUUUGUGUUUUGUUUUCUGGUGUGAUGUAAUUUGUCUUUAAUAACUUGUGAUGUUUUCAUGAAUCCUGAAUCUGGAAUAAAUUUCCCUAUGAUUGUGGUCAGAAUGUUUUGGUGAAUAUUGAAAGAUGAUUUAUUUACCAAUUUUAUUUGUUUACUAUGAUCUUUUUCCUAAAUGCAGAAGUGAGUCAGAAAAUUAAGCAUUGUUAUAUGUUAGCAUCUGUUGGACUGGUUUUGUUUUUUU